UCCGGUUUCAUCGCGUACGAAGACACAACUAUUGUCCCCUCGCUCGUUCGAGCCGCCAGCGGCGUUGUUCUCGAUAUGGGCCCUGGGCCAGGAAACCAGCUCCAUCGUUUCGAUCCAUCCCAGAUCGAAUAUGUCUAUGGUAUAGAGCCGAACCCCCGUUUCAAGGACGGUAUAGAUGCAAAACUAGAGGAGUAUGGCCUGAAAGAUAAGUAUAAGCUUAUAGUUUGUGGUAUUGAAGAUAGCGAUGUCCUGAGGAGAGAAGGCAUAACCGAAGGAAGUUUGGAUACAGUAUUAUGCAUCCAAGUCCUUUGUGCGGUGAAUGAUCCGAAGAAUGUGAUGAAAGAGGUGUGGAAGCUACUGAAACCGGGAGGCAAAUUUAUUUUUUGGGAGCAUGGGUGGAGUAGAAACCGGUCGACGACUGUAGCGCAAGCUCUCUGGAAUCCUACGUGGAGUACAUUUGUUGGAUGCCAUUUGACGCGAAAUGUGCUGGGGGACAUCCUCAACGCCGGAGAGUGGGAGAACCCGGGCGAUAUCGAGGAACCUGAAGACCCGAUUAGCCUGCUUCCUAGGAUCCAGGGUGUGCUUGUCAAGAAGGCUAAUUAG